AUGACGUACGUUCGCGCGAACGCUUCGGCGAACGGUUCGGCGAACGCGGACGACGGGAGCGUAGAUUUCAUUCAGAUUUUGAUGAAUCAUCAAAAAAGUGUCGCUCGACCGUCGCUCGCGAGCGACGCGCGCACGCUCGUGCAAGUGAACUCCACGGCGUCGUUGUCGACGAUUGGGAACUCAAAGGCGGGGGCACUGAGUGGGUUCCCGUGUGGAUCGAUCGCGGCGUACGCGAGCGACGCGCGUGGGCGGCCGACGCUUGCGCUGAGCUCGAUGUCGCAACACGCGAGAGAUUUGAUGGAGGACUCUCGGUGCACUGUGACCGUGCAGGAGAGUGGAUUCGAUAGCGUGGCGGACGGGAGGGUAUCGCUGAGCGGGAUGUUGACGCUGGUGCCGGAUGAACGCGUCGCGGAGACGCGCGCGGCGUACUUGAAGCGACAUCCGGGGGCGUACUGGGUUGAUUUUGGAGAUUUCGCCUGGUACGAGAUGAGUGAGAUCGUGGCGUGUCGAAUCGUCGGUGGAUUCGCGCGCGCGGCGAGCGUAAGUCCGGCCGAGUACGACGCGGCAACGUGUGAUCCAGUGAAUGCGUUCUCGGCGCCGGUGUGUGGGCACAUGAACGCGGACCACGCGGACUCCUUGAGGGCGAUGGCGAAACACUACGUCGGCAUCGACGCGGACUCGAUCGAGAUGCGAUCGAUCGACAGGCUUGGGAUGAACUGCAGAGUGACGAAGGACGGCGAGCGAUACGAUUUACGCCUACCCUUUGAGUCCCCGGCGGAGGACCGCAAAUCCGUCAAGGACCAAAUCGUCUUGAUGACCAAGGCAGCCGCGAGCGCCGGAGCGGCUUAA